AUGGUCCAUUAUAUUCGCUUCUUGCGGACACCUCAAACGGCAGUCAAGCCAAAAGCCAUCGAUGUCUCUGCAGUGAUUGCAGUCACGACAGAUUUGGGCGACGCGCUUUACUCUCAAGACCUUGACCUCAUCAUUGCGGUAUUAGAAGCUAACCGUCCUCAUGGCGUCCUUCACACAGAGACCGCAAAAUGGCAAGCUCAUUCUAGAGCACUCAAGCUUACAGUCAGUUGCCCUGGCAAGUAUCGUUCAAGACCUGUGCGAUUGCAUGUGACCACCGAAGAGACAUUGUCCACCUUGAAAUCGCUGGAUGUGCCCAGGAUCCUUGAUGUUUGGAGUGAAAUUUUUCCCCUGUCUGAAAACCAGCGAACCGAGCCCAUCGUUGAAAGGCAAUUGCUCUUACCCAACAGGAGCCGCGUGCGAAUGUGGGAAGAAACUGGCGACAGCAUCGCCCGUCAUGUCUGGGAUGCUGGUUUAGGUUUCUUGCUCUACUUCGCUCAAGCGCUCUCAACAUCUCCGCCCCAGGGCGUUUCGAGUUUCGCUACGCUUUUCAAGUCCAGUAAGGUAAAACGACUAAGGGUGCUGGAACUCGGAGCUGGAUGUGGCACUGUCGGGGUUGCUUUUGCACAACUGGUCAAAUGCGACAUGGUCCUUACCGACCUGGAUGAUGCUCAGGAGAUUCUGGCAAGCAACAUUAAAUGUGCUUCGCCACUGGCAGGGUCUACGAUCAAAGCGGAGGUUCUGGACUGGGCCGCGGGCCUUGGUGAUAGCUCGAAUGCGAAUUACGAUGUUGUCUUGGUUUCGGACUGUAUCUACAAUCCGGACAGCAGCCUUUAUCUGGUAGAGAUACUCAGGCAAUUGGCCACUCGUACACCCAAUGUGCUGAUUCUGGUCGGGUUCAAACGACGACAUGAAGCUGAUACCAUCUUUUUCGAACGAAUGCAACAGACACGAUUUGAAGUCACAGAAUCCAUCAGCAUUCCACUACCACACACCAUGACCGAGCAAGAUACCGCAGCUCCAAUGGCCGAAUUUUAUACGUACACUUUUCGACCCGACCCGCCCCAGGAUGACUGA